AUGGAGCAAGUCGAUGUCCUCAUUUGCGGCAGCGGGUCUGCCGGUCUUUGCGCUGCUACCUGGCUCGCCAGGUAUGGGGUACGAUGCAAGGUACUAGAACGGCGGGCAGGUCCCAUGAAGAUGGGUCAAGCCGACGGUGUGCAAUGUCGCACCGUGGAGAUCUUUGAAAGCUUUGGAAUUGGGGAAGAGCUUCUUCGUGAGGCUUAUCACGUUCUCGAGGUCAACUUCUGGGCCGACGAUGGCACAGGCGCCAUCAAGCGGACAGGCCGGACAGCGGAUACCCAACCGGGUCUAUCACACCAACCUCACGUUAUUUUGAACCAGGCACGUAUCAACGGACUCCUCAUCGAGCUGAUGCAGAAAUAUAACGACCAACAAAUCGACUAUGGCUACAACGUGACCGACGUCAAAGUUGAUAGCACAUCUGCCGAGGACCAUGAUACCUAUCCGGUCAAAGUGACUGCGGAGAAGGACGGAAAGACAGAAAGGUUUGCAGCCAAAUACGCACUGGCUUGUGAUGGGGCACACAGCAUUGUCCGCAAAGCCCUCGGGUACAAAAUGAUUGGAGACAGCAGCGACGCUGUCUGGGGUGUCAUGGACAUGGUUCCCCGAACGGAUUUCCCAGACAUUCGCAAGAAGUCUACUAUUCGCUCAAAGUCAGGGAAUAUCCUGAUUAUUCCCCGCGAAGGCGAUAGCGACAACCUGACAAGGUUCUAUAUUGAACUUGCCCCAGGAACCAACCCGAAAGAGGUGACGCUGGAAAAUUUGCAGGCCCAAGCACAGAGCAUCUUCCGCCCUUACAAGGUAGACUUCGUGGAAACAGUCUGGUGGUCGGCGUAUGCGAUCGGCCAGCGUCAUGCCGAUUUCUUUCACAAGGAUUACCGGGUCUUCCUCGCUGGCGAUGCUUGCCAUACCCACUCCCCCAAAGCCGGCCAGGGUAUGAAUGUCAGCUUACAGGAUGGUUAUAAUAUUGGCUGGAAGCUCGGGGAGAUUUUGACUGGUCUGGCCACUCCCUCACUUCUAGAGACUUACGUCCUAGAACGCCAAAAGGUGGCUAUUGAUCUGAUUACAUUCGACCGGUACUUUUCCAAGCUGUUUUCUUCUGGGGCUACAACAUCUCCUGCUGAGUUUCAAGAAGGCUUCAUCAAGUCUGGGAAAUACACCGCAGGCUUGACGGCCAAGUAUGAGGUCUCACCCAUCACGUCUGCAUUGGAAUCGACCAAUCUCGCCUCCAACGUGGCCGUCGGUAUGCGGCUGCCCAGCGCACAGGUCGUGCGGUUCUGUGACUCCAAACCUCUACACCUCAUGAAAUCUCUCAAGUCCGAUGGUAGGUGGCGCAUCAUGGCCUUCAUAGGUGACCUGACUGUGUCAGAGAACCGCUCAAAGCUCAACAAGCUUGGAGAAUACUUAAGCGCGGCAGAUGGGCCCAUCCAGACGUUCACACCCAAGGACCAAGACAUUGACAGCCUCAUCGAGACCAUUUUGAUCGGGCAUGGAAAGCGUCAUGAUGUUGAGUUGGAACAAAUCCCUGAAUGCUUUUGGCCAGUCUCUGGGAAAAACCAAACAAGAGGUGCGGAUGCUCUAACAUUGAAUCUUGCCAUUAUGCCUAACCUAGAGUAUUUAGACCUACACAAGAUCUAUUAUGACGACGAGAGUUACAACGACGGACAUGGCCAUGCAUACGAAUAUCUUGGCAUUGACCCGGCACAAGGUGCUCUUAUCAUUGUUCGGCCAGAUCAAUACGUGUCUGCCAUUAUGGGCCUAGGCGAUCAUUCGGAAAUCGGCAAGUUCUUUGCUGGGUUUCUCAAACGCCAAACGUACGUUGGUCAUAACAUGUGA